GCAACACGCAAUCAUGGCCUCCCUUCCUUGGUGCGGCUGUUACACGGUCAUCAAGAUCACAGAACCCUAUGAGCGCUACGAGAAGAAGUACCUGCCCAUCGUCGGAAUCAAGUCCCACACUCGCAUCCUGGCCACAACUUCCCGCACCACCUUGACCCAGACCUUCCAGAACACCAAUGACAAGGCGCUCAAGGAGGUCCAGUACACCUUUCCCCUGUACGACGGCGUCACUGUCGUCGGCUUCACCUUCACGGUCGCCGGUGUCACAACCCGAGGUCUUGUCAAGGAGAGGGAGGAGGCAAAGGCCGAGUACAAGGCCGCCGUGGACCGCGGUGAGACGGCGGGUCUGCUCGAGCAGAGCUUGGACGCUGGUGACGUGUUUGCGACCUCGAUUGGCAACGUCCCCGCUGGGGAGACGGUCACGGUCAAGAUCGAGUACCUCGGCGUUCUCAACCACGACGCUCAGGUCGACGGCAUCAGGUUGACUAUCCCAACGGCCGUCGCACCGCGGUAUGGAGCGUCCGACUCGUACUCUACGCCUGCCAAGCUUGCCGACGAGCCCUUCCAGGUGACUGUCGACGCCGAGAUGCCCGCGGGUUCGGUCAUCAAGUCGAUCCAAUCGCCUUCGCACACUCUUACGGUUAACAUUGGAACGACAUCAGCGGCACCGGAUGCCGAGCCGUCAUUCUCCAAGGCUUCAGCUUCUCUGGCUCUCAAGUCUACCACGCUCGACAAGGAUUUCGUCGUCCAGGUCGUGGCCACCAACCUCGGAGAGCCUUCAGCCGUUUUGGAAACGCACCCGACCCUCCCCAAUCAACGUGCCAUCAUGGCCUCCCUGGUCCCCAAGUUUGAGCUGCCAUCCGAGGCCCCAGAGCUGGUCUUCAUCUGCGACCGUAGUGGAAGCAUGGGCGCGAAGAUGAGUGAUUUGAGAUCUGCCCUCCAGAUUUUCCUCAAGUCCCUUCCAGUCGGAGUCAAGUUCAACAUCUGUUGCUUUGGGUCGAGUUUCGACUUCUUGUGGCCCAAGUCACAAACCUACUCGGCCGAAACACUCAAGAAAGCGGCCGCCUACGUCGAUGGCUUUGUGUCCAACUAUGGUGGCACAGAGAUGUACCAACCCGUCGAGGCCACCUUCAAGCAGCGCUACACCGACCUCAACCUCGAGGUCUUCCUCCUCACCGAUGGGGAGAUUUGGGAUCAAGACAAGCUGUUCCAGCUCAUCAAUGAGAAUGUGGAGACGAGCAAGGGUGCAGUGCGCGUCUUCACUCUUGGCAUCGGUUCUGGCGCCAGUUCAGCGCUGGUGGAAGGUGCUGCCUGUGCCGGCAAGGGCUUCAGCCAGUCGGUCGCCGACAAUGAAAAGAUGGACAAGAAGGUGAUUCGCAUGCUCAAGGCAUCUCUCCUUCCUCACAUCAGCGACUACACCCUGGAAAUCAAGUACGACAAACCAGAGCUGGCGGUUGAUGGCGAGGACGACUUCGAGAUCAUUGACAAGGUGGGAGCCCUGGUCAUUGACGACCGGGCCUCGGAAAAGACGGUUGUCGGCGUCACCCAGGAGCCUGCCAAGCCGGUCAUCAACUUGUUCAACAAGGAUCAGAAGACAGACGACACCAUAAAGGUGGACCUCAAUUCUGCCCUGCCGGUCAUUGCCGAGCCCAAGUAUCUCCAGACCCCCUACGAGAUUCCUCCACUUUUCCCAUUCAAUCGCACCAACGUCUACGUUCUCCUCUCCGACAGCACCCCCACGCGGACUCCAACUUCAAUCAUCCUCCGCGCUACGUCCAAGCACGGCCCUCUUCAGUUGGACAUCCCUCUCACCGUUCUCGAGAACAAGCAAGAAACCAUCCACCAGCUGGCUGCCCGCGACGCAGUUAAGGAUCUCGAGGAGGGCCGCGGCUGGCUCACAAAGGCGAAAGACGCAAACGGCAAACUUGUGAAGGACAAGCACCCCGGUCGCUUUGACGACCUUGUCAAGCGCGAAGCUGUCCGUCUUGGUGUCAGGUACCAAGUCGGCGGCAAGUGGUGCUCCUUUGUCGCCAUUCAAGACUCGACCGAAGAAAAGAACGCUCGAGUCGUCGGAGAGGCUGUCGAAGCGCACAAGAAUGCUCGUAAUGAGUACGCUUACGGCGGUCCUGUGUACGCGAGUGCUCCCGCAUCCGCCAUACUCCGGACGUCAGCACCAAGGACCAGGGCAAUGUUCAGGGGAGGCGCCGCAGCCGUUCCACCACCGCCUCCGGCUCCGAUGGCAUCAGCUCCGAUGACUGGGGCAAUGUUCUCAAGCAGGGGAAGCGCCGCCGCUGCUCCACCACCGCCUCCCGCGCCGAUGGCACCAGCUCUUCCGAUGGCAUUUGGCGCUCCUGCGACGACAUAUGAUACCGCGCCCGCGCCCGGCGGUCUGUUCGGUGGCCGUGCAUCUGCGCCCCUGUUUGGUGGCUUUGGUGGUUCGAGCAAGAAGGUUUCCAGCUCAAACCGUACGUUUGAUUCGAGACCUGGAUUCGGUUUCGGAUCCUCUGCCUCAUCAGCUCCACUCUCCUCAUUCGGCCAAAGCAGUGCGUUUGGCACGGCCCCCACUCCAGCUCUCUUUGGAGAUAACUCCUCAGCUGGCGGGCCGUUUGGUCAAGCAGCUCCAAGGCCCAGUGCCUUUGGCUCGAGUGCAGCGGGGGCAAGGGGCCUCUUUGGACCCAAACCCCAAGUGGCGGGCAGCCUUGGCGCGGGCGUCAGACCACUUCAUCAUGGUGUUUUUGACACCAGCAUGAUUGCGCCUGCUAACACUUGGUCAGCCGCUGGUGGCCAGGUUCGGGCCACUUGGGGCGCUGAUGACGACGCCGCCGCCCUCCCCCCCCAUGCGCCACCACCUGCGGCGCCCAAGCCCAGGGCCUCCACUGGCUACGGCUCUCCAGCCUACCCUGCUGCUACUGCUGACGAAGUUGCAGUGGUUGCGGAGGCAAUUCCAGUCGUCGUUGAGAAGGAGGUUGCGCUCCCAGCAGACAGCCUCGGCGCUCUCAUCCAGCUGCAGGCCUUUGAGGGCAACUGGUCUUGGAGUGCGCACCUUGAACGCAUCCUCGGCACGGCGGCAUCCAAGUACGCUACUGCCGGCGACGUUACUGCGACGGCUGCGACUAUCGCAUUCUUCAAGAAGAAGCUCGCCGACGACCGCGAGGUGUGGGAGCUGGUUGUGGAGAAGGCCGAGGCAUGGCUUGCGGCCGAGGUCGGUGACGCGGCUGCUAAGGCCUUCGUCGCGGACCUGGAGGGGCUGUUUUAAGUAAAAAGUAGUGUAGCAGCGUUGUUAAAAGCUCCCUAGUGGGCACGGGUGAUGUGAAGGAGGUACAUAGUUGUUUGUCAAAUGCAUGCC